CAAAGUAAUGAUCUUGCAAAAAAUGAUUUGCUUAUGUGUGAGCAUGUUUGGUUCUGCAUGUCAAGACAACUUCCUAUUUAAACCACCACUACUUAAAGCAAGUUCCUGUAGAGUUCCAGUGCCUAUUCUCGUCAUGGUUGAUGGUGAGAAGGUGAUCUAUACUUCCCUGGAGGUGCUCAUCGCUGUAGGAUGCUUCCUGGGGAACGUGCUGGUGAUCUGGGCGGUGUGGUCUUGCCGUGCCUUGAGUCAGACCACGUUCUGUUUCGUCGUGUCUCUGGCGGUGGCUGAUCUUCUGGUGGGAGCGGUGGCUGUGCCUCUCGCAGUGGUGGUUGAUGGACGCUUGGAGACUAGUUUUUACUGCUGCCUCUUCAUCAGCUGUGUGGUCAUUGUGUUGACCCAGGCCUCCGUUCACUCCCUGCUGGCCAUCGCUGUGGACCGAUACCUGCGUGUUUAUAACCCUCUCAGGUCUGAACAUUUAAUAGUCAAGCUUUUUUUGCAAUGCAUAUUUGAAGACUUACUUGCCAAGUUGAUCAAGCUUGCUGAUAAGGAGGAAAGCAAAUGUUUGCAGACCUUAGAGAUGAUCAUGAUACUGA